UCCGCCUCCUAGCAAACCAACCCAGCUUUCCUUCCUUCCACUGCUCAGCGCUCAGCACCAAUCACCUGCUCGAUCUCUUUCUACAAAGCGAAAGCGAAGAGAGGGUCACGUGAGGAGAUCGCUUGCUUGCUAGCUAGCUGAUCCGUUGGUGAGCAUUCCCCAGCCCGGCACCACGGAUCUCGCCGUCGAGCCCGACAAGCGGAUCCAGCCGUCCGGCGGCGGCGGCAUGGAGCCCCCCGGGUUCGGGAAGCGCCUCAUGAGCGUGCUCCGCGCCGUCUACCACAUGCUGCGCCGGGGCCUCUGCCGCAAGCGCCUCAUGAUGGACCUCCACCUGCUGUUCGGCAGGGGCAAGCUCGCCGGCAAGGCGCUGCGCAACCUCGUCGCCGCCGCGCACCACCACCCGCACGCCGCCGCCCACCACCUGCAGGUAGCUUCCCGCGCGGGCGCCGGCGCCGGAUCCGCGGCGGCGUCCUCGGCCUCCGCCGCGGACCUGCCGUUCGAGCCCAACCCAAGGGACGUGGAGUUCAGCUGCACCACCACGCCGUCCUACUCGUACGCGGGCCCCGGGCGCUCCCUGUUCCCGUUCAGCAGGAUGAUCCGCGGGCGCGGCGCCGGCGCCGCCUCCCGGGGCUGUGACGGGCUCGACUUCGCCCAGGUGGCGCGCGCGCUCGAGAUGAUGAGCGCCGCGGAGGACGCCGGGGCCGGGGCCGGCGCGGGCGGGGAGACGCCGCCGGCGCCCGUGGCUGCCGGGGCCACGCCGUCGCCCCUGCUGUCGCUCAGCCUCGGCCGCAGCCCCGCCGGGGCCCGCCAGCUGCGCGUCACCGACUCGCCGUUCCCCAUCGAGCCGGAGGGCGUCGUCGACGAGCGCGCCAACUCCAACUUUGACGCCUUCAUCAAGAAGUUCUACGAGAACCUCCGCCUGCAGGCGGCCAACGCCACGCCGGACAACCACGUCGGCUGCCGCCGUGGCUAGUCCCGCCCGCCGCGAUCCAUGCCGACGAGCGCGCGCGCCGCCGUGUGAGGGUGCAUGGGCGGCGCGCGACUCCGUUCCGAGAGCCUGGGGAUCGAUCGAGCUAAAAAAAUACGUGGCCACACGCCACACAUAAUAGUGUCAAAACGGCCGGCCGUUUCACUGUCAUGCGGGUAUCGAGUUUUACCACCUGCAUGUGUAAUUUUUUUUUCUUUUUUACUUUCCUCGUCCGUGAUAAUCGAUCUCGAUAUAUAGGGUCGGUCGGUGAGGAGACGAGAUAAACAAGGGCUUGUUGUGGUUGCAGCUAAUUAAGCCCGGACCUCCUGUGUAUCUGUCUACUAUCUGUCUGCGUAUGCAUAUAUGCGUAUGAAUAUGAUCGAGAUGGAGUGGUAAAUUUUGCACAUUAAUUUCAAGGAAAAAAGUGUACUUUUCAUC